UUUCUCCUCCGUCACUAAUCCUUGUCAUCGGUUCAUCUUCCGUCACCAAAGAAAUCGCGUCUCCAGCAAUUGCACGCGUUCAGCCUGUACACCCUACAAUCCAUCACCCAUAUCAAGUCCUCCCCACCACCUAAUUCACCAUGCCUCUAGUCCGCAAACGCCGAGCCACCCGCGACGACAUCGACGACGACGACGUCCAGACGCCCCGACGCCGCCAACUCCCGGACGAUUCCUCCGACGAAGAUGUCACUAUGGUCGCGGACGACGAUGCAUCGCAGCCGGGCGGUGCCGCCGACGUGACACAGAUGGCGAGGAAGCUGGUGCGGUUGGCGUUGGCGUGCGAGUAUUCGCGGCAGCCGAUCCGGCGGGCGGAGAUCAGUGCGAAGGUGCUGGGGAACCACCCGAGACAGUUCAAGACGGUGUUUGAGGAGGCGCAGGGGACGUUACGGGAUGUGUUUGGUAUGGAGAUGAGCGAGUUGCCGGUGCGAGAGAAAAUCACGUUGCAGGAGAAGCGAGCCGCCCAACGCGCUCCCAAAGGUUCCCUCUCCAGCAAAUCCUGGGUCCUCACCACCGUCCUCCCCCCCCGCUUCCGCGACCCCGCCAUCAUCCCCCCACCCGCCGUCCCCACGCAUGACGCCGAAAGCGCCUACAUUGGCCUCUACACCUUCCUCAUCAGCGUGAUCUACCUGAACGGCGGGUCGCUCGCGGAGGCGAAGCUGGAGCGGUACCUGCGGCGGGCGAACGCGGACGAGUACACGCCGGUGGAUAGGACGGAUAAGCUGCUGCAGCGGAUGCAGCGGGAGGGGUAUUUGGUAAGGGUGAAGGAUAAUUCGACGGGGGAAGAGAUGGUGG